AUGCCAGAAUGUCCAGAGCUCCAUCUUGCCAGCGUAUAUAUUAACGCCAGAUGUGCCGGACGGCGUUUCACAGGAGCAGUUGAGAAAUCAGAGGUUAACAAGAAUGCAGAGGUGCCUUUCUCCUGCCCAGAGUAUACUAUCAGUGCCGUCUCUCGUGGGAAGGAGUUGAAGGUAAUCCUUACUCCAUUGUCAGGAAGACAUCAUGUCACCCACAUUGUCUUCCGAUUCGGUAUGUCAGGCAGUAUCACCAUGAAGAAUGUAAGUGAAAUGCCCAAACAUGCCCACUUACGUUUCUACACCAAAGAUGUUCCUCGCCAAGUACUCUGCUUUGUGGAUCCCCGGAGAUUUGGAUCAUGGCAUGUGAAUGGUUCGUGGCAGUCAGAACGUGGCCCAUGCGUGAUACAGGAAUACGAACAAUUCAGGUGUGAAUUAUAUUAUGAAAAUUUUUUUUUUUUUUUUGUGUGUGUAGUAUAUAGGGAUACUAGUCCACUUUAUGAUGUAAAAUCCAUCCAUGUCUGUGUAUACUAUCCAGGUUAUUAACUAAAGUGUGAAUUAUUAAAAAUUCUAAGCAAAUUUAUGGAACAAUAAGCCAAGUCAAUUAAUAUUCACGUUCAACUACUUUGAUAUUAAAGGGACUCUCCAGUGCCAGGAAAACAUAUCCGUUUUCCUGGCACUGCAGGACCUUGCAGCUCCCCUCUACCUCCCAACCCCCAUCCCAUGUUGCUGAAGGGGUUAAAACCUGAAUCCAACACUGAUGUCCCUUGGCGCUGGGUAAGGCUCCGCCCACACUCUCCCCCACCGAUGUCGGCCGGCGGGGAGUCCUAAUGCGGCAAUGGCCGUGCGCGCAUUAGACCUCCCCAUAGGAAAGCAUUAUUCCGGCGACGCUGGAGGUCCUCAUGUAUGGCGUGAGGACGUCCAGCGUCGUUUAAAACACUUUUCGUGUUCUAAAAACACGUUAGUCCCUUUAGUGGCUAUCUGAUAGACAGCCACUAGAGGAGGACUUAACCUUGCAAGGUAAUUAUUGCAGUUUAUAAAAACUGCAAUAAUUACACUUGCAGGGUUAAGGGUGGUGGGAGUUGGCACCCAGACCACUCCAAUCAGCAGAAGUGGUCUGGUUGCCUGGAGUGUCCCUUUAAAUUUGAAAUUCACUUUGAAUUCCUAAUAUUUCUCAUUCUAGUAAGUGACCCUGUAAAUUACAAUACAGAAAUACUGGGGAAAAUGUUUCUCGUGAAUCAGAAUUAAUCUAUUACUAGUGUGAGUAGAAUAGUACACUAGAGCUAGGUGUAGUCUGUUUUUUUUUUUUUGUUUUUUUUUUCUUUUCAAUGGUGUUUAUAUGUAUAUCUGUCUGACGGUCAUUCUUUAAAAUCAGAAAAUAAUUCUAAGACUAACCAUGCAUUUUACACAGAUUGGCAAACCUGUUUUUCCAACUCAUUUUCUCAGCACAAAGAACUCGAACUGCACCUAAGGAUUUGCUUAUAAACCAAAAUUACCUUUAACUCUUAUAUAUAUUUUGUACAUAGUCUCCCUCAGCAUAUGUACGUUCGUCACAAAAACCUUUGAAGCACUGCCUAGUUUAGAUGUCUGCAAUUGCCAAUUGUCCAAGAUGUAUAGUUCACCUCCCCCCCCAAACAAUGCUCUGUUGUCUUUGUUGUACUUACAGAGCAGCAGGCUUUCUGAUAUUGACAUUUAGUAACCUUUAGUUCUCAAGGCUGAUUUAUAUCAUGUAUCCAGGCGAUAUAUACAUUUACACUCAUAUCCACCAUGCUCUAGUGCAGGGGUAGGCAACCUUUUAGCAGCACUGUGCCGAUAUAGGAUUGUGAUGUCCCGUAGCGUGCCGGUCCUAUUUUUUUUAAAUUGAGGUGUGUAUGCUGCCGUAUUCUGCUUGUGUUAUUUUUACUGUAAUUGCUUUGUAUUGUAUUUGUGCGAAUAUGAGCUAUUAUAUUGUAUAUGUUCAUGAGUAGUUUAUGGUAUUGUGUAUGAUACACAUGAAUGUGGGCUGUGUAUGGGGGUACCUUGAGGAAUUGUGUGUGUGGAUGGAUAUGUCACAUUGUGUGUUUGGUAGUGUGUGGGGGCUGUUUGGGGUAUUGCAUGUAAGAGGCUGCAUGUGGGGUUGUGUGCAUGUAUGUGGAUUGUUAGUGGUGUUGCAUUUGUGCGGAUUGUGUGUAUGUUUGUGUGUGGGCUGUCCGCAUUAUUUGUAUGAUGGGAGGGUUAUUCUGCAUUUCUGUGUAGAUCUAGCAGUGUGGGUGGCUUCCCUGGGUUCCAGUGGGGACCAGGCCAGCCAGGUACAGGCCAAGGACAGGAGCUGCAACAACAACUGCGAGCUGCUCUAAUACUGUGUGGAUUCCCAUUCACAAGUGCUGGAAUGAAGUGCUCUGAGAUCAUUUCCCGUACGUGCUGCAAUGCAUAAAUUGAGGAUUGUCCUUCACCACCUCUUUGUAUUAGCACAUUCUGAAGCCUUGAGUGCCGUGCAAAGGCGCCUUGAGUGCCGUGCAAAGGCGCCUUGAGUGCCGUGCAUGGCACUAGUGCCGUAGGUUGCCUACCCCUGCUCUAGUGCCUGGUGGUGUGUACAUCUGACAUGUAUACAUUGCCUGAUAGAGUACCCGCUGUGACAGAUGGAUGAAAGAAAGGAUUUAGAGAAGAAAUGAGGGACUGAAAAAUACUAUAUUUGCUCAAUUGCCAGUAAGAACAAUGCAAACUAGAUUAAAACAUGUCAUAAUCUUAUUUGCUAAAUGCUCAUCCUAAGAGAAUAUGGUUAAUUAACAAGUACUUUGCUUCUAAAUGAAGUUUAAAGGAUCACUAUAGUGUCAGGAAAACAAUCCGGUUCCCCCACCCUCAGGGUCCCAUUCCUGUGGUACUGAAGGGGUUAAAACCCCUUCAGUUACUCACCUUAUUCCACUGCCGGGCUCCCUUACCUCUCCUGCCCUGCCAACGUCAGCUCCCAGUCUGACGUCAGCGGAGCGGAAUGCACAUGCGUGGCAGUGCCGCGCGCGCAUUCAAAGUGUAUAUAGGAAAGCAUUUUUCAAUGUUUUCCUAUGGACGCUCUGCGCGAUGGAGGCAUAAUAUGCCUCCAGCGUCACAGAUGCGCCUCUAGUGGCUGUCCGGAAGACAGCCACUAGAGGCUGGCUUAACCCCAAAUGUAAACAUAGCAGUUUCUCUGAAACUGCUGAUUACAGCAGGCAGGGUUAACCCUAGAGGGACCUGGCACCCAGACCACUUCAUUAAAGGACCACUCUAGGCACCCAGACCACUUCAGCUUAAUGAAGUGGUCUGGGUGCCAGAUCCUUCUAGGGUUAACCCAUUUUUUCAUAAACAUAGCAGUUUCAGAGAAACUGCUAUGUUUGUGAAUGGGUUAAGCCUUCCCCUAUUUCCUCUAGUGGCUGUCUCAUUGACAGCCGCUAGAGGCGCUUGCGUGCUUCUCACUAUGAUUUUCACAGUGAGGGCACACCAGCGUCCAUAGGAAAGCAUUAUGAAUGCUUUCCUAUGUGACCGGCUGAAUGCGCGCGCAGCUCUUGCGCAUUCAGCCGACGGGGAGGAGAGAAGGAGGAUCGGAGGAGGAGAGCUCCCCGUGAAAAAAGUUUAAACCCCUUUCCCCCUUCCAGAGCCGGGCGGGAGGGGGACCCUGACGGUGGGGGCACCCUCAGGGCACUAUAGUGCCAGUUUUCCUGGCACUAUAGUGGUCCUUUAAGCUGAAGUGGUCUGGGUGACUAUAGUGUCCCUUUAAAAGAACACUCCAAUCAUCAUAACUACUACAGCAUGUUGUUGUGGUUAUGGUACCAAAAGUGCUCUGUGCCACUCAGUGUAACUUGUCACACUUUUUAAGGAUAGUUCUGACUUCUUAAUAGGGCUCUGCACGAUGCCUCUACUCGCAUCUACUAUACUGUAUAGGAAAACCAGUGUCUUUCUGUCAGAACUAAAGUCUAAGUCAGACCUGGCAGUGCAGAGAUUAGCUCAUUGGCUGAGAGUGAUCAGCUGACUCUCUCAGCCAAUUAACUAGCGCUACACUGCAGAGCUUAAUUUAGGAGAGCUAACGAAAACUCUUGAGCAGGAACUUCUUUCUUUCCUGGUAGCUGAGAGAAUAAGGGUGCCCAGUGGACCCCAGGUAAGAAGUCAAAACAUUCUAAAACGAUUUCACUGCUUACAAAGGGGUGACACCAGGCCAUUCGUGGCACCAUAACCACUACAUUGUGCUUUAGUGGUUAUUGUGCUUGGAAUGUCCAUUAAAGCUUUUGCUUCCUUAAUAUCAUAUGUUCUUUGAAGCACUGUUUUCUUACUGUUUGUUUUUUUUUCUCAUUUCUGUUCAGGGAAAAUGUUUUGAAAAACUUGUCAGACAAAGUUUUUGAUAAACCGAUCUGUGAGGCUUUACUGAAUCAGAAAUAUUUCAAUGGUAUUGGGAACUACUUAAGAUCAGAGAUUCUAUUCCGGUGAGUUCCAAACUAUGUAAAAACAAACAAACAUACAUUUGUGCGAGGGGAAAUAAUCUUGGACUGAAAGUGGUAAAGAAGGGCAGCGUUAAUAUGGAAUACUCUACCUUGUCCUAUCAGACAUUCCUCUAAUCUCUGGUCCUUUUAGACAUCCCUUAAGACUCAUGUCUUUAGAAAAGCUUAUCUAUCUAUGCUCCCGCAGUCCACCUCACUCUCUCACUCUAUACAGUAUCUCUCACACACCAUUUCCUACCUGUCAACCUGUUCUUCCCUCUGUCACAUAGUUGUUCGCCUUGCGUUCUUUUACUUCACUUACUCCUAUAUUGUAAGUUUCUUUGAGCAGAGCCCUCUUCAACUCUUAUUUCUGUUGCCCUUAAUUUGUUUGUCAUUUACUUGCAAUGUGAUAUCCUCAUUGAAUAGUUCAGGCAGAAUGUGUUGGCUCUUUAUAAUGAUCCUGAUAGUCAGCGAGGAAAUUUUUCACAUUACUACGAGGAGCUCAGCUUACAUGCCUCUCAGCUACUCUCAGAGCCUCGCAGUCCAACUCAAGGACACAUCGAUGUCUAUCUACCUGAACAAAACUGAAAAAACUGUGUUUAGUUACAUUACAUCUUCAUUUAAAUGCUGCUCAAAAAUGAAGGGAUCAAACAGCAGUGCCAUAAGAGGUAAAAAUUAUUUCUUACAACUCUAUUGUCACGUACUAAAAUCCAAAGAAAGAUAUAUUUGUGGCACGUGACAAGUUGGGUUUACACAUGCACAAGUCCCAUUUAUCUGCAAAACUAUGUUCAAACUCGUGACAAGUGUUUUAUUUUUUUUGUCGUCUUUUUGAAUUUCUAUCAUUCCCUAACCUUAUGAAUUCUGACCUUUUAAAAUAUUUGACAGCAUUAUCUGUAGGAUGCAUGCCGUCUUUUGAUGCCACCUGUAGGCACUUCCUGUCCCUUCUUUCGCUCUCCCUUUCCAUUCAGUUGUGAGUUCUUAUCGUCCGUGUCAUUAUUAUGUAUGUGUCAUUUCCAGGUCACAGACCCCCCCCUUUAUGCAAGCUCGCCCUGUGUUGGAAGCUGUGAAGCACAUGGAUGAGGUUUGGUCAAUCAGUAUGGAAUAUGAUCUAAUGCACAGUGUUAAAUCUAUAAUUUUAUAUAUAGUCUUUGGAAAUUUUAAAGAGACACUUUAAGCAACAAAACUACCACAACUUUUUUAGUGGUUUUGGCAUCUAUAUGCUUUUUCUGCACAAAUGUAGGUGUUACUGUUUGUGAGUAAAGGCACUGUUAAAAUUUGUCUGCUACUGUGUCUCUCGUGGCUGAUUGAUUGACACUUGAAGACUGUAAAAUCUCUCUGAAUCUGAAAGGCACCAGUAAAAAAAACUCUUAUGUUAUAAAUUCUCUUAUGUUUUAUAUAUCUAUAUCUAUAUAUAUCCUGACUAAAAGUCUCCAUAACAAAAGAGUCUCCAUUUUUGUUAAGAUUUGUUUAGUAUGUCAUUGGCCCUUAAUGAGUUAAAUCACACUUGAGGAAAAUAAUUCCAUUUAUUCUCCGAUCACUUGGAGUGUGAGUAAAAAUGAACUCUUCCGCCCAUUGGAUAGUAGUGUAGCCAUAUAAACUUUUUUAAAGUUACAUUUUGUGAAGAUUAUUUUCUCUUGUGCUCUGAAACUAGCGAAUUAAAGAAACCCUCCAUACACCGUAACUAUUAUAACUACCAUAACUAUUUUAGCUUGCAUUGCAGGGCUUAGCCUAGGAGAGCUAACAGAAGUUCCUACUGAAGAACCUACAGCUCUCUGGAGAUUGUAGUGGAGUAGUGGAGAAGCAGCAAGCAAGCCCCAGGUGUGAAGUCAAACUUUUCAAAAGUGGUUUGACUCCUUACGGUGGGGGCAAAGGAGACAACGGGUCACUACUUGCAUGUAACCACUACAGUAAGUUGCAGUAUGUAACUAGCAAAUGUUCUCUAAAAUAUUGUCUUAUUUGCAUUCUCCUCUCUUUACAGGGCAAUGACCUCCCUCUCCGUAAGAAAGUAAAGAUAAAGAAGGAAUCUCCAGAUAUACUGGAACUAUGUUCUUUGUUGCCUAAAGAAGUUGUCAAUCUAGGUAUGAAAAUAAUCCGAGCAAAUACGAAACAGUCACAUUUUCUUUCGCUAGCUAAAAGUUAUCAUGCAGGAAAUUAAGCUAUAACUGUGAGGUUUUCCUGAAAUAUAAGCUGGGUAACCACCAUAAUAAAAGAAUGGAAAUAUCUUAAGCAGAAAAAAAAUAGUAUAACAGAAAAAAAUAAAACAACAUUUUUACUAUUUUAUUGAUAAAAGGAAAAACAAUAUCAGGGUAAGUAUUGUAGAAGGUAUAAAGGUAUUAAAGUCCUAUCCCCAGACAGUAAUUUAUAGAAUUAUCAAAAUCAUUAUGGAAGAGAAAAAUUGUGGUGUUGAAACAAAAACAAUCACUGGGUGGCAGUAUAGAGUUAGUUUAACCCAAAUGUGGUAAAUCACUACAAAUUGUAGAUUAUGUUAGCUUUACUGUUUUAAAAUUUUAAAGGGACACUACAGUCACCAAAACAACUUUAGCUUCAUGAAGCAGUUUUGGUGUAUAUACCAUUCCCCUGCAGUCUCAAUGCUCAAUUCUCUGCCAUUUAGGAGUUGAAUCACUUUGUUUAUGCAGCCCUAGACACACGUCCCUGCAUGUGACUUACUUACACAGCCUUCCUAAACAUUUCCUGUAAAGAGUCAUCUAAUGUUUACUCUUUAUUGCACAGUCUGUUUAAUUUAGAAUUUCUUACUUUAUACACUGUUAAUAGAUGCUAGACCUUGCAGGAGACUCCUGUGUGUGAUUAAAGUGCAAUUUACAGAGUUAAAAUGUAACUAUUUAAAUGUUGACUGGAUUCAUAGCAUAUUUUGUGGAGCAAACAAAAACAUUCAGAUCGUGGAAAUCUAAAUAGAUUGUAUAAAAUAUCUAUAAUAAAAUCUUUAUUUUGAAUUUAUUCAUUUAUUUUUUGUAGGAGGAAAGGGAUAUGAGCCGGGACAGUCCAAUGAUUAUUCUAUAUUGCUUAACUGGGCUCGUUGCUACUUUGUUCCUGGAAUGAAAUCUCUAAAAGAUCACAAUGGACGUACAGUCUGGUUUCAGGUAUGGUAAUGUAAAGAAUGAGGAAAAGCUUUCAAGGAAUCCCCUAACAUUAAAAGUUAUUUAUUUUUUAACUUUGGAAUAUUCCUUUUUUAGAUUAAAGUACUGCCUACUACUGUUAGUAUUAACACAGACCUAGUCCUUGGUAUAAUAUGGCUGCCAUAAUGUGGUUCAUUUUAGCAGCUCCCAAGGCAUUAAUUAUAUAAUUAAUCUUUGUGAUUCAUUGUAUAUUUCAUUGGUUUAGGAGCUGUUGUACUUAGCUGCUACCUCUCGUUGCAGCACUGCCAUUCUUGGAUGUCUGUGUAAAACUAUUGUAACAUCCACCUACCACUGCUGCCCCUUCUCUUCUUCAAUUGAUUCUGCUUAAAGAGACACUAUAGUCACCAAAACAACUUUUGCUUAAUGAAGCAGUUUUGGUGUAUAGAUCAUGCCCCUGCAGUCUAACUGCUCAAUUCUCUGCCAUUUAGAAGGCUGUAUGUGACCUACACAGCCUUCCUAAACACUUCCUGCAAAGAGUCAUCUAAUGUUUACACUUUCUUUAUUGCAAAUUCUGUUUAAUUUAGUAUAUUUUAUCUCCUGCUCUGUUAAUUGUCUUAUAGACCCUGCAGGAGCCUCCUGUAUGUAAUUCAAGUUCAAUUUAGAAAGCAGGAGAUAACUUUUAAAGUAAGUAACAUCUGAUUAAAAGUGAGCCAAGGCUGCUUAAACAGAAACAAAAGUGAUUUAACUCCUAAAUAGCAGAGAAUUGAGCAGUGACACUUCAGAGGCAUGAUGUAUACACCCACACGUGUUUUCCCUGUAUCUGGCUCCUCAGGUUAGACCCUCUGUGCUGCAGGUAUAGAAAUAUAUGACAAGGAUCGUUUGAUAGGUAAGGGAGGCGCCAACAUUUAAGCGCAUUCAUUCUUCUAGCACAAUGUAUAGAUUAAAUUUAAUGCUCUUUAAUCUAAGCCCAAAUGUGUGGUACCUUGACUGUGGCGGACCAUCAUAGUAUCGCCGCCAAGGGUUCCCGUUCCCGUGGUAUUAUAGCUCCUUCCAGACGAAGUAGUGAAUUUACCUGGUAUAGCUUUCCCCCCAUACAUUAAUUGAGACUUAAUGCUGGGAGUAGAUCUGUUUUUUUUUUUUAGGUUCAUCACAGUAAUUUAUACACGUACCCCCAGCAUGGGGUCUCUAUUCACAAUACAGUGAUCCCGCCCUGGUGCCUCUUAGUCUGGGAGAUACUUGAGUUGCAGGUCUCUAAACUAAUUAUCUCUCGGACACAGAGAGCACAACACAAAAACACCCACAAAAAAAUCAUAAAAGCAUACAGGAAUCCCACAAAAUAUAUUUCCCUCGAUAGCUCUUAUCCAAGCGCCCAUGUUGGCAAAAUAGUGCCUGGAUCUUUGAAGAAGUGACAAAUCACCACGAGGGUAAUGUUUUGACCGACCGCACACGUGGUCCAUUCCCAAAAGAAUUCCAGAGCAAUUAGUGCUUUAGCCGGUCAAAUGUCGGGGGUUCCUGUGAAUGAAGUAAGGGCCGCUUCUCCUGGCUCUCAGGUAGCUAUUGUUCCACAUAGUCUGAGGCACCUUCCCUCUAAAAAGCGCUCUUAUACCUGGUGUGGAAAUAGGGGAAAACUGAAGUGGAAAUUGGGUUGGCUUGGGAAUAGCCGCGACUAGACCAGCGUUUCAGACUAAUUUUACAUAAGUUCUGGUACGGUCUUUGCGGCUCCCUGGACUUCGUUUACAAUCAGAAGAAGGGCGUUCCAGGGCAGUUAGUUUGAGGGGAAGGUGGAGGGAAAACAGUCUUUUGGGUGACGAAAUACGGAAAAAGUCCACAAAAUAAGGAUGAUUUGUCACAGUGAAAAGUACACUUUAAUUAAAUUACCCGGUAUUAGCAGGAUGUGAGCAUAUCUAUAGAUAAAGAAAACCAAUCAUCUUGGAAAGCACCAGUUGCUGCAGCAGCUAUAAGGCUGGGCCUCACUCAGAUGUCAUAGGAAUAAGGUAAGCUUCCCCUUGCCCAUCCAAAUACUUACAAGCUAGUGUCACUAGCUUAUUCAUAAAAGUAUGAAGGAGCCAAGGCUUAAAAUUUCAAGUCUUACUCCACUAGCCAGGCUUUAAAAGUUUCCUGCCACUGCAGUCUGGGAGGGUACAUGUCACAAUCACCAUGGGGGAAUUUAUAUUUGUCAGGGGUGACAUUUCACUCCCCAAUGGCUACUGGCGUAUGAAAAUUGUGAGCUCUGAUUUGAGCUAUUAGUAAGCAGGCAGCAGUUCACUAAAAAACAUGUUUCCAUGUAUUUAUGGGGUGGCACAUUCACAUUGUGACGAUUGAGUAGGUUGUACAGUUCUAAAUGAAAGACCACAUGCUGAAAUCCUCUGUCUCAUUUCAGGGGGAUCCUGGACCACUUGCUCCAAAAGGUGAGUCACUUUAUUGUGUAAUAAAACUAACCCAGUAUGUGGAGAGUGUGGGCGUAUGUGUAUAUCAGAUCAUUUUCAUCACCUGCUCUUUAGUUUCUCUGUGUUCUCUCUGGAGCUCCCAGUCCAGUGCUGAUUAUAGACCCUUGUGUCUGCUGUCAUCUAUUUUGCGCAUGUCACCUAUUUUGACUUCUUGAUCCAUUGAAUUUUAUCAUUCUGCCCAAAAAUGUGUAUAUGUUUCUCUUACUGGUUUGAUAUUAAUACUAACCGUAUUUACUAUCUGCUGCUUUUCCCAUAUCUAUUCCUCUUUUUGUUUUCUUUACCAGUUACUUAUGCAUACCAUCAGCUUUUGUUAUGUUUGAUUAAAUUCUUUACACAUUACUAGGGUUUGGUAAACAUGACAUGCUUUUUGUUUCAUUUUUAUAUUUGUAAAUAGGAACCAAAGGAGGAAAACCGCUAAAACGUAAAAAGGUAAAAUUAAUGCAACACCAGUCUUUUUUUAUUCUGCGCAUUGUGCAGCACUAACCAAGGAAGCACCUCUAGUGGCCACUGCAGGUGUUACUUGGCAGUAAUGUAAACACUACCUUUUCAAUGAAAAGGCAGUGUUUAGAUUUAAAAGCUUGCAGGGAUUGACUAUACUUACAAGAGCAACUACAUUAAGCAAUAGUUGUUCUGGUGACUAUAGAGUCCUUUUAAUGCAAAUAGCAAGCCAUGACCACAGAAAUGAAAAGGUUGAAUACCGUUAAUAUCGAAAUUAGAUUUUUAACAAAGAAGGUAGACUGGCACAUUCCUGCCUAGCUGGUAUGAUGUAUUUUCCCAAAUGUUAAAAUGAACAUUGCAAAACAUGUUGGCUUAGGCAUCUAUGAGGAGAAUUAAGCACGGAAACUACAAUAUAAACUUUCUGCAUUUAGAUUUGUAAUGAACAAACCCUGAAAUCCGAAAAAUAAAGCAUUGCACCAAGUGGAAGCUAUAUGUGGCCUAUAUACUAGUUAGACCUAACUGAACAACCUCUCUGCUAUACCCAGCUAAGCCCAGCUCUGGAAAUAUCAUCACCAAGGACAAUUCUCAGCCUCUGAAAUAACAGGGUUAUUUGUCAGGGCCCCAAGAGUACAGGAACAUUUUCUUUUACCCUCCAGAAGUAUUUCGCAUUCUACUGCUACUGAAGUCCAUAUCCUACAUGAUGGCUGGGACAGGGUAGUCCUUGAAUGGACUCUGUGUUACACUUGGAUUGGUAACUUAAAAUUGAUGCAGUAUUCCUCCCUGUUACCUACAGGUUUCACAGUGAGAGCAGAUAUUUGUAUAUUUGUACAGCAUCAAAAUGUAACAAAAUCAUCAGUGUGGAGUUUGAUAGCAUCACAAUAGGAAAUACUGUCUGAAGGAGGGCUGUAAAAUAAAGUGUCUAAUGUUUGUCUCUCAUUUUUAUUUUUAGGCAACAAAACCAAAAUCCAAAGCGCGAGCUGUGAAGAAAGAAGAGAACGAUGAACAAAUUGAAAGUAAAGUAGUAAAGAGUUCAGCAAGAAAAAGAGUCAUGAAAUCAAUCAAGGUGGAGGAAGAAGAUGGAAUUAAAAUUGAGAAGCCACAGAGGACUAAGAGAACCAGUCAAGGAGUGGGCAAUAAGAAGACAAGCAGGAGAGGAUCAGCUCGGAAAACAUCAUCCCAUCCCCAGAACAUCAAGGCUACAGUGCAGACGUCCAAGGUUCCCCGUGCUGUUAAAGCCAAAACACCUCAGAGGAAAACUGCCAUCCCAACACGGGAAUCUUCCAGAAUUAGAAUCCUGCGGAAAAGUGGUGAGAGAGGUCACCUUCAUAGGUCAAGGUACUCCGUAACCGAGAGCUAUGAGCUUAGUAGUAGCUCCCCAGUUAUCUCUUCUAGUGUAUUACGGGGAAGGGGGUUCCAGUCUGUUGUGGCAAACCAAUGUAGACUGGCAUAAGAACGCAGAGAAUGAAUACAAUCUAGGCAAAGAACAGUGAAAAUGAGGCUUAGUAAAUUUACUAAAAAUUGAAGAUUGUCUCCUUUGUUUGAUUUCAAUUCAAGGUGACAUUGUUUUAGCUGCUGACCACUACUUAAACUCGGCCAUGUAUUUUGAAAUUUAUGAAUUUGUAUUUCAUGGUUCCACUUCAAGAGUGCCAGGUGUUCACUGCUGUCGCAUGCUAAAUUAAAAUAAAAGCAGAUGUUACAAGAUGGGCAUUGCUGCUCUCACAUACUUAUUUGUUACAGGAUAUGAAACUAUAUACAAAGCAAGCUUCUUAAAGAGGUCAACCUAAGCACCCUAACCACUGUAGGAUGUUAUUUUGUUUUGAUGUCAGGAGCCCCCAGGCUCUAUCCCACAGAAAGUUGUCAAAACUGUUUUAGCUGGUAAGCCUUGGGUGCGUACUGUUUUACCUGAGUCUCUUGGGUGCUUAAUUUAUUGAUUCAACUUAACUUAGUGGCUGAUACAUUCAAUGACAUGCAGAUAGAGACUAAAAUUAUAAUUGCUAAAUGCGAAUGGGAAGAACCCUGGGUGCCUGUUGAAACCACGUAAGUGUCAAACCGUGUAAAAAUGGUUUUGACUCCCUAUCGUGGAAUGGUACCAGAGAACAGCUGGCGAACACAGUAGUGGUUAUAGUGCCUAGAAUGUCCCUUCAUUUCAAGGUUUUUAGGGAAGUAACCAUAUCCUAGUGUAAGCAUAUCUUUUAACCAUAUCCUAGUGUAAGCAUAUCUUUUUUUUUUUUUUUGCUUCUUUUCAUAAGUCAUUAAACUUGUUACACCACUAAAAAGUAUACCUAGUACUCACUCUAAUUGGCAUAAUAACUUUAAUAAAUGAGAUACAUUUGUGUAAUUGUGUUAUGAACGAUCCCAAAAGCAAAGUGUUGAAAUGUAUCACUUUUUAUUACACUGUUGUCCGCAGAAUUAUUAAGAGCUGAUAACCAAAAGCUUUGUAACAACACUGUGCUGCAUAUAUUAAUCAAGAAUAUUUUUGUAAAAAAAAAAAAAUAGUUAACUUCUUAGCUGGUCAAACAUAGGCCUCACUUUGAUAUGUUUGGAUACAUUUUUAACCCCUUCAGGACGGAGUUAAUAGUACACGUUCUGAUCAAAACAAAAACUGGAAUUUGCGCUAUAUGUGAACCAUAAUUCACCUCUUUCAUAUUAAUUGCACCCACACUUAUUAUAUAUCAUUUUGUUCAGGAGAAACAGUGCUUUAAUUUCUUAUGAACUAUUGAUAUAUGAAACAUAACUUAUUAUGAAUAAAAUAAAAAAAGGUGAGAAAUUAAGAUUUGAAAAAAAAAUUGUAGUUCCGUCUGACAUUUUAGCGAUAAAUGUCAUGAUACUGUUCGCUUUUACUGCAAUAAAAGGCACUUAUUUGUAUUCAGAAAUGUCUUACGAAUAACACAGUACCCCUCAUUAGCAGGUUUUACAGUGUUUUGGAAAGUUACAGGGCCAAAUAUAGCACAUUCCAUUUUUCAUUUUUUUAACAUUAAAAUUUGUCAGAUUAGUAAAGUUACAUUUGAGACCGUGUGGUAGCCCAGGAAUGAGAAUUACCCCCAUGAUGGCAUACCAUUUGCAAAAGUACACAACCCAAGGUAUUGCAAGUGGGGUAUGUCCAGUCAGAUUUAUUUUUACACAGUAAAAGCUGUUAAAACUCCUUGAGUGCCGGUCUUUCCACUUUCUAUAUAUAUAUAUAUAUAUAUAUAUAUAUAUAUAUAUAUAUAUACACAUAUAUAUGUAUUUAAAUUCUAUGUGUAUACUUAUGUAAUCAUUUAUGUAAUUAUAUAUAUAUAUAUAGAAUGUCCUUCUAAGUGUAUUUUGUUACAUAUAUAUAUAUAUGUAUAUAUAUAUAUAUAUAUAUAGUAAUAACAAAAUACAGUUAGAAUGAAAUUACAAAUGUACCGUAUAUACUCGAGUAUAAGUCGAGUUUUUCAGCACAUUUUUUGGGCUGAAAAACCCCCACUCGACUUAUACUUGAGUCAGUGUCUGUAUUAUGGCAACUUACAUUGAAAGAGCGAUCACAUGGCCCCCGGGGUCCUGAUUUGCCGUAGGAGGGCUGCCUGGGCUGUCAGGCAGUCCUCCCGAAGAGGAUCGCGGCGGAGGUAAGUAAAUCUCACCUCCUGGGGCUGCAAGCCGUUACGGCGUUCUAUGCUUUAAAGCCCAUUUAAAUGGGGGCAGCAUAGAACGGCGUUAAGGGGUUAAAGUUAUUUAAUUUUCUAGAUAAAUUAUUUAAAAUGAUUUUUUUUUUUAUGAUAAAAUAGCAAAGAAUAUAUCAUAUUAACAAUUCAAUGUUUGUGGCCCCAGGACAUACUUAAAAUUGAGAGAAAUCUUAAUGUAUCCUUCCUGAUAAAAUAUUUUAUAAAUAAAUAUUUAAAAUGUUAGGCUGAACUUGAUGAACACAAGUCUUUUUUCAGCCUAUGUAGUUAUUCAAUUAAAACAUUUUCCAAAAUAUUAAAUCAUUUUAAAAGUAAAUCCAAAAAAUAUAUGAAAUAAUUUAAAAAGCUUAUCCAACAUAUAUUAAAAUGAGGCCAUAGAGCCCAAGGCUUUCUUGGACCCUAACAAAGUUAUACCUUUAUUAUAUUUUUGUAUAACUCAGUAUUGGAUAAAAAUCGUACAUUGAUGGUUGUAUUAUUUAUAUGUUGGCCUGAUAAAAUGGACUGUCUGGUCACUGUCUAAGUUGGGAUUUUAUUUCUUCCACAAACUACAUUUAAUGCUAACCUGUAUUCUUACCCAGGUGGCCGUGCGGCUGAAAGUACUACUGACUGA